UACCAUUUAUUGCUAGGUUUCUUUUUCUCUUGUACGCUCUCACCCGCUCGCCACCGCCGUAGGGUGGCCGUCGCUACUUCUUUUUUGAGUUAUAUUUUUCCGAUAAAAGAAAAAUUUGAAGGAAUCCACGGUAGAGAAGAAGGCUGAAGAUGGGGAAGACAAAGUACAAGGAAUUAAGAGGAAGCCAAAUUCUAAGACAAAAGUUGGUACUGGCAACGCUGAGUCGCACUCCAGUUCGAAUCGAUGAUAUUCGACCCAAUACCAUCUCUCCAGGUCUUCGUCCUUACGAGAAAUCCCUUCUCGACUUGCUGGAGAAGAUCUGCGAUGACUGCUUCAUUGAUAUCAAUGAGACCGGUACAAGCUUGAAGUAUAAGCCUGGGAUUGUGAUGGGUGGGAGAAAUUUGGAGCAUGAUUGUGGUCUUACUCGCUCCAUUGGCUAUUUCCUUGAGCCAUUAAUUCUUCUAGCUUUGUUUGGUAGGAAACCCCUCUCCAUUAAGCUGAAAGGUAUUACAAAUGAUUCAAAGGAUCCAUCCGUUGAUACUUUCCAAUCUACUACCUUGCCCAUGUUAAAGCGCUUUGGAGUUAAUCCAGAUGAUGUAAAUUUGAAAAUUGAAAGUCGUGGGGUACCUCCUCUUGGCGGUGGAGAAGUGAUUUUGACCAUCCCAACUGUUAAAAGUUUCUCUGCAGUAUCUUGGACAGAUGAAGGAAUGGUCAAAAGAAUUCGAGGUGUUUCAUUUUCAACUAGGGUCUCUUCUCAGUUUGAGCAUGCUAUGAUAACUGCAGCUCGUGGGGUGUUUAAUCGCCUGCUUCCAGAUGUGCAUAUAGGUACUGAUCAUAGAAAGGGACCUCGAGCUGGAAAUUCACCUGGGUUUGGCAUUUCACUGGUUGCAGAAACUACGACAAAUUGUUUAAUAUCUAUUGAUACUGCAGUUUCAUAUGGAUAUGGUGAAGAAAUAACCGAGUUCGAAGAAGAGAAGCAAGAGCUUCCAAAUCCUGAAGAUGUUGGUGAAGGCAUGGCUUAUGCUCUGCUCAAUGACAUAGGAAAAGGGGGCGUAGUUGACUCCACACACCAGGGAUUAUUGUUCCUUCUUUGUGCAUUAUGUCCAAACGACGUUUCGAAGGUCCGGGUUGGGGAGAUCACUCCAUAUGGGAUAGAAACUCUCAGAAACAUAUAUGACUUCUUGAAAGUAAUGUUUCAUAUCGAACCAGAUCCUUCCAGCCAAACCGUCUUACUGAAAUGUGUUGGUUUCGACUUGAAGAAUUUCUCGAUGAAGCACUUCUAAGCUGAUCACCCUAAUUGUUAUUUGAACAAGUUGUUUUGGUCUGAGUGGAGAUGGUAUUUCUUUUCUGCUUGUCCACAAUUUUGAAAAUUCUAAACAUCUCAACGAACUGCACUCCUUUAUAUAUGCCAGGAGGCCAUUGGUAUGAAGAGGUUUGUAAAAGCAGGAUCCCAAUUCGUCUUAUGAUGAAUGUAAGCCCAAGUUAAAUUCUUGCGGAGUUGUACACUCAAAUGAGUCAAGUUUAAUAGUAUGUAUACUGAAAUUUGUUUCAUAGGGCAACAAAUAGGCCUUGCUUACUUUUUUUUUGUUUUA